AUGGACCCAUCUAAAUACUUUCAGAAAGGUAUUGAAAUUUCGUCAACCAGCGAUAUUUCACUGUUGUGUUCCCAAGGCUAUUAUCUGUCUGGCGACGGAUACCUUGCUCUACCAACCAAAGCGCUAGGUUCAGAAUAUAUCGUUUCGUCAUAUGACCUGUAUUUCUAUCAACCCUGGAGUCCUAACAGAGCAAAUGUCGCAGUGAUUUCUGCACACGACGACAACAGGGUGAUUGUUAUUCCCGACAAAAAUGCUUUAAUAUACUAUCGAGGUCUUUGGUAUAAUGGCAGAAAUUCACAAUUAUACAUAAUCCACGUUCUUAACAAACUCGAAGCACUAUACAUCACAGAAAAAUCUGAUCUUUCCGGUACUCUUGUUAUUGCAAGCAAACAAGUGUCAGUAAUAUCUGGUGUGGACACGCCACUUAACCUAGGGGGUGCCGCUUUUUUGGGAGCGUCCCUUCACCCAAUUUCUUCGUGGGGAUAUGAGUACGUGUUAACAACUGUUCGGUCAAUGGACAAAAAUCGCGGGGAUAUCUUCCGAAUCUUUGCCUAUAGAUAUAAUACUGUUGUCACAACAGCCUAUUGGAUUAAGACUUUGUCCCCUGGGACAUAUACAGAGUUAAUUUUAGAAAAGGAUCUUGCUUCGUAUGUUAAUUGUAGUGAGCCAUGUCAGGUAGUUCAAUACAUUCGAGGAGAAAGCGUUGGUAGGAGAUACGCAGAUUCAUCAAUGGUAGUCGUUCCAUCAGUAAACCAGUUCCUCUCCUUUUACCAUGUGGUAAUACCGGGCGGUCUCAGUUAUCAUGAUUCAAUCACUAUAUUUAUUGAAAAGGAAGACAUUAAUGGCUUAUUCUUUAAUGGAGUAAAACUAAACCACUGUCGUUGGGAUAAGAUAAAUGGAACAAACUAUGUAUGGACGGUAAUCAGUUUAUCAGGUCCAAAUACUGUCAAAGUAUAUCACUCGUCCGAGGCAGUGAAGUUUGGCCUCCUUGCAUUUGGAUGGAACAGCGAAGAGUAUUCAGCAGGUCGUUCGUAUGCCUUCUCCGGUGGCUUUGCUUUAAAUAAUAAAUCAGCAGGUAAGGUUCAUUGCACUAAAAAUAUAAUGAGAUGA